GGAACAGCCGGAUAAGACCAUCUUGACGACAUGGACGCUCAAGGAGAUGCCGGCGCACAGGGAGGAAGUCAGGGCGGACCACGACCAUCCAACAAACGUCUCCAGCAGACACAAGCUCAGGUUGAUGAAGUCGUCGGAAUCAUGAAGGUGAACGUGGAAAAAGUUUUGGAGCGUGAUCAGAAGUUGUCUCAACUGGACGACCGAGCUGACGCUCUCCAGGAAGGUGCUUCACAAUUUGAGAAAUCUGCGGCCACCCUGAAGCGCAAGUAUUGGUGGAAGAACAUCAAAAUGAUGAUCAUCAUGUGCGCUAUCGUCGUCAUUCUUAUUAUCAUCAUCGUUUUAUGGGCUGGAGGAAAAUAAGUACACGACCUUUGUCCCGGAUAAAAAAAUCCCCCGAAACGCUGUAAUUUCUUUCCCCCAAACUUCUUCCCUUCACAUUUUGCCCAUUUUCAUCUGUUUUCAUUUUCUAAAACAUAGAAGCUGAGUAUUCUAUUCUUAUUUUGAACUUCUUCUCUUCAUUGUACUAUAGUUGAAUUAUACGUUUCCCCCCACAUCCCCAUCCAAUCUGUCAAUUUUCUUAAUAUUCUUUUUCUGGUUGAUCGCAAAUCAUCCAUUUCUGAAAUUAAUUUAUUUAGGCGGCGCGAUAAGCUGCGUGAUCCCACAUCCACAUGAGCUUAUCCGCGGAUUCCGUCGAGCUCGUGUGUGUAUGUUUUUCUAGAAUUUUCCUAUUCUCAGACUAACAACAUGCCUUCUCAUUCCCCCCGGAAAUUUACCCAUUAGAUGCGAAUAAAAUGGUGUUGAAAACUC